AGCAGAGAGACUGGCCUCUGCUCUUUGCUCUCAGUUAUACAUUCCAGAGGCAGACCAGGGAGGGAGGUGGGACCCGGCCCCCUAUGUGUCGCAAGACCCACCAAGACACGGCAAGACUCUUAAAGGUCAACUGGGCAAAAAAGCAGGGCUUUAGCUAUAAAUACAGAAGGCAUAAGACAUAAGGACACUCAUGGGUCCAUACGGAAUAGACCGGACUGUACACCUCAUGGAGUUUUUGGAUUGCGAGGAUGGAUUGGGAAUUAAAGUCAUUGGUGGUGUGAAGGAGCUCACUGGAGAGGAAUUUGGAGUGUAUGUGAAAAGGAUUUUACCUGGUGGUCUUGCGUCUAUCGAUGGACAUCUGCAAGCUGGAGAUCAGAUCUUGGAAGUCAAUGGGGAAAGUUUAAUAGGCGUUACAAGUGAGAGCGCCGUGGACAUUCUCAGAGCUGCAUCCUCCACGAAUCACAUGCGACUGCUCAUAGCAAGAGACGAGGAGGCGAGGAAAGAAUUCGCUGAGCUGCUGGAGAAAUAUGGGUCCAGCGCUAGCAACGGAUCAAUCCGGAACUCACCCAUCCAGCAAGGCAAGUAUGUGGACAGCACAUCGUCUGGGUCUUCAUCGCGGUCACAGAGCCCCCUGCUGCUGAGCCCGGCCGGCUCUCAAUGUGCCUACAGUGGGACUGGGCUCCUAAUGCGACCUAUAAGCCUCCCGGGAGAUGGUCUCAUCCAGCUGAUCAGCGUGACUCGCUCCUGCAGCCUGGGCAUCGCCAUCGGCGGAGGCUCCAACAGACCCGAUGGGCCGGCCAUCUUCAUCCAGGACGUGCUGGCUGGGAGCGACUGCCACAGGGAUGGACGACUGAAACCUGGAGAUCAGCUAAUCGCCAUCAACAAGGAGUCGCUGAUAGGGGUUACGCAUGAAGAGGCUAGAGGCAUCAUUAACAAGGCCAAAUUCAGCCAAGACACUUUUGUGGACAUUGCCUUCAUUCCCGGGAAAAGUCUAGUGUCCAGUGGCACUGGUGUACAAAACGGAGUGCAGAAGGGUGUAGGGAAUGGAUGCAGCUCCUAUCGGAUAAAGGUCCGUGGAAGAUCUCCGGAGAGAGCCCCCGCAGAGCCCACCUCCAACGCACACGUGUCAGCUCCUCCCACCAGCUCACUGAGAACAGCCACGACUGCCAAACCGAAGAUCGCCCUGGACCCAAACAUCCGCCUGAGGUCACAGAAGCUGGACCUGGCUCUCACGUACUUGGGAUUGGAGGUUACAGAAGAGGAGAAGAGGAAGCUGAUACACGUCUUGACCAUUGAUUCUCAAGGCAGUGUGGCCUAUGGAGAUUUCGUAGAGGCAGUGCGAGACGUCUUUCAAAACAAGCUAGAGGAAGCAGGCCUGGCCCAAGGACCCUUCAUGUUCUCCUACCAUGAAGCAGCCAGCUUGGUGGACACCUCCGCCUUCCACUCUCCGAGUUAUGAGCUGGGACACAGCUACAGCAAUGAGGGGAUUGAGCCAUUUGAGGCGGACUUUUCCCACGUGCAGGAGAAGACGAGGCAGUUAAAGACACUACUGAAAGACAUGGAGAACAGCAAGAGGACCCUCGAGGAAGAGCUGCAGAAGAGCGCCGAGAGGGCCGAGGCCAUGCUGGCAGAGAACCGGGAGCUGAGGAGCAGGCUGCAGGAGGCGGAGGCGGCUCAGCGGCAGACCUGCGGGGCAGAGCAGGACUACGAGGAGGUCAUCUGUCUGCUGGAGGCGGAAAUCAGAGAUCUGAAGAACCAGCUGGCGGCGUACAGGAAGAAGAGCAUGGAGCCCACCAAAGAGGACAUCAUGGAGCUGAACCGCAGACUGUCUGCCAUCGGCUGUCAGCUGAGGAAGUCGGAACUCAGUAGGAAACAACUGGAAAUUUCCAACAAGAAGCUGCUGGGUUUUGUGCAGAAUGUUCACAAAGUGCUAACCUCCACCAGUUUAUUUGGGUCAGACUUUGGCUUGUCUUAUAGAAGCUUCGAAGUGGCUCCAUCACUGGAAAAUCCUGACACCCCCUUUGUCAUCCGGGACCCUGCCGGUCAGCUGGUCGCCGAGGCCAAGGAACUGGUAGAUGGGGUGCGGGUGCUUAACAUCGAGGAUGCACUAGCGUCGGACGUGGACAAGGGCAGGCGUCAGGAGGCACCGGCAGACCCCGCAGAUCCAGCACCUCUGAGCCCUGAAGUUGGGCCCCUUUGCUCGCGCUCUGUCCAGGUGAGACGCCUGCAGGACCUUCCCACCAGCUAACACGCCUCCCAUUAAAUGACUCUGAGGCUACAGCGCUCACACGUGGUAACGUUUGCCGGUGUAGUGUGCUGUAAAUUUGCACUGUGAAUAACAGUCCUGCACCGGUAACAGAGGGUGUGAAAUUUCGAAACCAUUGCUUCUUCCCCUUCAGCCAUUCUGAUUCACCGUCUCCAGUUCCCCGGACCUUUUGCCAAAGAGUAACUGUUAGCUACAGCCUGAACAUAUUACACAUGGAUCCAUGUGAACCAACCAAGCAUAUAAGGGAUAAAAUGAAGCUGGCUGAUGUACAUUUCAUAUAUUUAUAGUACUAAGACACAUUAGUGAGUGUUACGCGUUACUGUCUGCUGUUCUGACUUCAGACCUUCAAUUAUCUUUUCUAAAUACGUCUGUAUGUAUGUUAUGUACAUGAGAAAAACAGCAACAGAAAAUAGUAUUGAUAUAAAGGUGUCACUUUGCACUGUGCAAUCAGAAUGUUUCGUGGAAUGUUCCAGAACAUGGAAAGAACAUUCAGGUGGUUCUCUUCUUCUUCUUCAUCCGUUUCUCUCUUCCUUUUCUUUUCCUGAAUGCAUUGGAUCAGUGAGCCUGUGUUGUGAUGUUAGUGCACUGGGGGGGUUUAUUACUGAUGCAUUUAUCUGUUAAACAAUUUCACCGAAGUCUUACCUGUGCUGCUUUCAUCACUACAACAGAGCUUAGAAACACCAGUGUUAAACAGGUGUUUACAUAUGUAAGUCAUUGCGCAAUAAGUGUGAGUAUUUCUGGCGGAAUCCUGUAAUAGAGCUUGUACCUGUGGUCCAACAGAGUUUCCUGCUAUAACCAACGUAUGUCAGAAAUUUGCCAUGCAGACUUUAUCACAAAGCUAAAGCGAGUGAUCUCCAGUACCCGACCAGACCAGAGGUGGCCAAUAUGAUAAGACAGCACGAGAAAUGGAUCUGGGAUCCAGCAGCUCUUUAUAAUCCAAAUGGGAAAAUCCGUUAUACCAUUGGAUAUAGGACACUGCACGCCAUUCCCUGUAUAAUUAAUUCAGUGUACACAGAAAAAAUGUAUAUCAGUUUAAAAAGGUAUUUAAAAAUGUAUAUCAAUUAAACAUGUUAAAUAUUAUUGCUACUACAUUAAUGGUUUGUUUUAUUACUGGUCAUGCUGUAAAAGAUAACUAUUAUAACUAAAUGCUACAGUAUGCUUGGCAUCAGUUUUUAGUUUUAUUUUUAUUAAAGGAAUAAGAACUA